AUGCUAUUGCUCUCCGUCUUCCAGUCUCACAUUCUCAAUUCGGCGAACGAUAGGGGCCUGGCCAGUAUUUUCCUUUUCAAAGGGGUAGACGCCCUAACAGGCAAGAAAUUUGCACCUUUGAUUCGGGACUCAUACGGGAGAUUCCGGCAGGCUUGUUACCUGCAUUUGACGAUCGCGUCCACCUUCCGGCCUGACGACCGGCCGUCCCUCUUUCACCGACGGCAUCGGGUCGAUUCAUUUCGAGAGUUUCGCAUCUAG